AUGAAUGAAGAGCUAGCAGACUUGGGCUGUAUGGUCAGCAUUGUGUUGACCUUCUGUGCGGCUGUCUUGGGAUAUUUAUACGUCUAUCACUAUCAACUGAGAACUGGUAAACGCAGUCAGCUGCUGGAUGUUACCAGGUUGUCUGCUACCGAUCUGCCUGAUUUACCACCAAUAAAACUGACCCUGGAUCAGUUGUUGGGUUUCGAUGGGACUCGAAGUGAUGGAAGAAUACUGGUGGCGCUGAGAGGAAAGAUAUACGACGUGUCCAGUGAUUUUCCAGAAUUUGGAUUGAAUGGCACCCUGUCUCAUGUGGCUGGCAGGGAUUUCACUUAUUAUCUCACGACGAUAAUGGAAAUGCACAACUCAGAGGUCAACUAUGUGGAUCGUUGGGAGGACAUUCUGGAGACGAAUUACUCUCGUGUCGGCAUUGUAAUCGAUGACCUGGGCAAUCCUCUAAUCGAAACAUUUGGGAACACGGAUUAUCAAAAUACUGAAAUAGUCGAGGAGGAUCAGAAGGAAAUGGUGGAAGCAGAAAGUAUCGGUGCAACUGAUUCGGCUACUAUUAUCUCAAAUGUGAAAUUGAACAAGACACUGAAUGGCUCAUUCCUAACAGCCGAAAGUUUGCCAUCGGAUUCAAUACCACAAAAAUAUUUUGAGGAACCCAAUUCAGAUCUCAUUAUUACCGCGGAAAUAUCUGAUUGUUAAUAAUCAAAAUGAAGACUUGACUAAGGCUA